UUUUUACUUGCUUGGCUGAAUCUGAGAGAAUGAACUCAUCAUGGAUAAGAAGUCUAAAAACCACUGACAGUUUAAAUAAUUUGAUAUGCGGUAACGAAGCAAACUCAAUCUGCUCAUGAGAAUUGUGUAAUUCAUCUGAAAGCUCCAGAGAAAGUGAGUGGACCAGAGUUUUAGCUGUCAGAAUACAAAAGCUGUAGAUCUUGAAUGUAACACAGCGGGGGUGUAAUCUUAAUUGCAGAGUGCCCACAGGUGUUCUGGUGACUCUCUUAAAUUACUGCUUGAAUAAUUUAUGGCGAUGCCAAAGGUGAGAGGAACAUCGCCUGAUUACGGAUUUUCUCGCGAGAGCUGACUUCCACAGACACUGAGACGCGAAGUGACGGGAUUCUAGUUUCCAUUACGAGAGGACAGCGUCGUCAGGAAUGUUUUUAAAGCGCUUAAGUGACGGAGUUUCACCUCUUAUCGUGGAGACCCGAAGCUCCAUGAAUGCGCUUUGAUGUGAGCAUGGGCGGCGUUUUCCGUGUGUGUCCGUCCACAGGAAAGAAGGGGGCUCCGUGCGGACUCGGGAAAUAAGUCGGCUGUAUGCGUGAACCUAUUUGACUGGUGGAGAAUUAAUUAGUCACCAAAGUAUAAGCUACACAGCCGAUUUCAGUGGCUUCUCAACUCGCCUUGUGCAACUAUCCCCGGGAUGUGGUGGAGCAUCUGGAGUUGAGGUGAUCCAUGAACCCGGGAAGCGGUCCCGUCCUUCUCCGCAUGGGCUGGAGGAGAUCCAGCAGGUCAAAGCAGGAACAGCUGUUGGGGCAUCAAUAAAAGGGAAUAUUCUGAGGAGACGCCAAUGUCUACCCGCCUGGGAUCAAGCAUGACGUGGGAACAAACCGUGGACCAAAGAGACCCCGUCACCAUCACCGCAAACCUUGCCAGGAGGAUGGGGCAUGCGAUGAGGGCUUAAGGUUACUGGCUUCUAAAUGUCCCGUCUCCCUUUAACGACAGGUGAGAUAGAGGCCCGAAGACACCCGAAAUGGAUAAACUCACUGUGAUAUCAGGAUGUCUCUUCCUUGCUGCGGACAUCUUCGCCAUCGCCAGCAUCGCCAACCCGGACUGGAUCAACACUGGGGAAUCCGCUGGCUCUCUGACCGUGGGUCUGGUCCGGCAGUGCCAGACCAUCCACGGUCGACGCCGGACCUGCAUCCCCCCAAAGCUGCCUCCUGAGUGGAUCACCGCGCUCUUCUUCAUCAUCCUGGGCAUCAUGUCCCUCACCGUCAGCUGUGGCCUACUGGUGAUGUCACACUGGCACCACGAGGCCGCCCGAUACGCCCGAUGGAUUGCUUUCACAGGGAUGGUCCUGUUCUGCAUGGCUGCUCUCAUAUUCCCAAUCGGCUUCUACAUUAACGAGGUCGGAGGACAGCCCUAUAAGCUGCCCAACAACACAGUGGUGGGCUCCUCCUAUGUACUCUUCGUUCUGUCCAUAUUCUUCACCAUAGUGGGCCUGCUGUUCGCUGGGAAGGUAUGUUUGCCUGGCUGACACACCCUCCCUCCUCUUUUUGUGGGUCUUUGGAGAAACGCCACUGGAGACAGAUUUCAUUAGAACUGACCUCUCCGUCGCAUUGUCGCGAGUAUCGUCGAAGUGCGGCUACACUGGGAAGCACCCGUUAGUGGUUUUUCCUUGUGGAUGAAUUAUUACAAUGCUCUUAAGUGGUGCUGAAAUCUGUGCGAUCCAUCUGUCUGAGCAGGCGUGGAGAGCUCUGAGGUGGCCCUCGUCUUCAGUGACUGUGAAAUGGUGAGCACACAGGAGAAUACUAAAAACCAUGAUGAGGAGGACUCUGAAUGCCACCCUGUUGUGUUAUAAGUCAUCUUAAAAAUUAAUUACAGAUAUUGGAUAUUUAUUGCUCCUUUGAUCCCAUCACCCAUGAUGCACGUAGGAGCGGAUGCUGGCCACAGCACCAGAUAUUGGCCAGUCACAUCCUUUUUCAUGGACUCCAGGUCCCUGACAUGAAGCUAUUUGUAAGGUAUACCAUGAUAUCUUUUUCUCUGCACAUUUUAUUUAAUUGUUCAGCUAUUUCUUUUGAAGCAGUAUUUUUUUUUUUUAAAGUUUCCCUGCCAUGCAGCUAUAUUGUGGAUCGCUUUGCCUUAAAGAGCUGUUAACCUUAAAAUAACUACAGUAUGUUUUAAGUGUGAGGUUUUUAGUGUCCUGGCAUCAAAUGUACAAGUCUGGACAUGCAAAACUGGAAUAUAAAAUGGGGUAUCAGCAACACCUAACCAGAGCGGCCUGUCAGUCUGACUCCUUUUUGUUAGAUUAAGCCUUCCGCAGUCGGGAUCAGCAGCGAGACCCGCGUCAACAGGUCAAACCCCUUUCUGGUCUCUGUUGCAGAUAAUUUUUAGUGAUGUUGUGAAUGUAUUAUUCACCUUUUUGAGCAUUUACUGUAGUUUAAACACUAUCAGGACUGAAUCCAAUUAGUUUCAUACAGCUGGGAUGUUGAUGGCUACUUCAUCUCUGUCUAAAUGAACCAACAGCCAGUUUGUUCUUUUCUAGAAGCACUGUGACAUUUGUGAAUGAGCAUGGAAGAUGUCAUCUUAUUAAAAAUGACUCGCUGGAACAGU